GGCCUCCACUUGCGAUUUGUUGUCGCGCGAUUGUUUAGUCGCAAAAAUAGAACCUAUUGUUUUAAAUGCAGGCGCAUCCACAUGCGACAGAAAUGCGACUGCGAUUUAAAAAACGCAACUGGACCUAUUUUGACCGCGACGCGACUGUCGCGGAAAUAAAAUGAGUCACACGGACAGGCAUCGACAUGCAUCCACUGGCGAUUAUUUAGUCGCAUUUUUGACUGAGUACUGUCGAGCGGUGGCUGUUUGUUAACUAAAUAAAUAUGUCUGACAGUGAAACCUCUACUAGUAAAUUAGUAUUAUCAGUCAUUGAUACUGAUUUGCUAAUUAGUGAAGUAGAAAAGAGACCGGCUCUUUAUAAUAAACAAUUAAAAGAGUACAGUGACCGAAAUAUAAAAGAAAAACUGUGGACUGAAGUGUGGGGUAAAGUGAUAGAAAACUGGAAUGACCUUACAUCAAAAGAAAAGAAACAUAAAGGUACAGACGUUCAAAAAAAGUGGAAGAAUUUAAAGGACUGCUUUUUGAGGGAAAUUGCAGCACAACGAAAAACCACAUCAGGCCAAGGAGCAACAAAAAGAAGAAAGUAUAUCCAUUUUGAUGCGUUGCUGUUUUUGGUUCCCUUUGUAAAAGGAAGAGAAACUAUUAGUAAUAUCUCCCUCAAUGAAACGGAUGGAUAUGAACCAGAGCAACCACAUGAUACAUCUGAUGACAUUCAAGAAGGUAAUUCUACUGCAAGAUGCUCACUUGGCAUUAAUGCACAGACCGAGCGUGAAAGGCGUAAAAAUAGUAAGAAACAAAAUGCAAACUCAUAUGAGACAUCUUUAUUGAACAUUUUGAAAGCAAGACAAAGUGACGAGGGUAAUGAAGAUAAACACUUCGCUUUAAUGUUUGGUUCCAAU